AUGGAACAGCAGUCGCAGUAUCAGUACCAUUACUCUGUCCAUGGCGGACAAAUGGCGCCCAUGGCCACCCACGCCUUUUCAUCAGGCAGAUGGUGGUCGAAAAUGAGUCUCCGUGCCUUGUCAAUCGUCUUCAACGUUGCCAUCGUCGGAUUCUCUGCGUACUACUACACCAAAUGGACAGUGGGGGCACUUCUCAUGCUGGGUCCUCCGGCAGCUGCUUCUUUUCUAUGGGAUUGGGUCGAUGCCAUCUGCCUUUGUGUGCGCCGUGGCCAGUAUGGCGUGCAUCCUGCUGCUUGUCUCAUCGUCGACACUCUCUUGUUUUUUGGCCUAGCUAUCAUGUCAAGCGUGAUCGCCCAUACCGUCUCGAAGUUCAGCGACUCUGGGUGGUAUUUUGCACUCUUCAAGGAUGAGCAGGGCAAGGAAUACCUUCAAAUUGCGGCCGGCUUUGGCUUCGUGAACGCAGUCGUGCAUUUGGUAAUACUCAUCAUGGCCAUUUCCGAGCUCAAAAGUCGGCCUGCUUCCACGCCGCGUAUCAUCUACGUUCCAGUCGAUUCCAACGGCCCCGUCAACCAGCAAACGCAGAUGGCACCUUGGUCAGAACAGGCCCCGCCAGCUUACAGUCCUCCAGCAGACCAGCAGGCAUCUUCGAGUCAAUUUCAAGACCAAAUAGAGGUCCUGCAACCAGCCACGAUCCCCGCAGCCCUGGAGAAGAAACCAUAG